AAAACCAACAAAAAAAAUAAAUAAAUCAUCGUCCCUCUCUCUUUCUCUGUUUGAUCUCUCAACCCAAUUGAGAUGAAGAACAUCAGCAAUACAAAGUUGAUCAUUCUCUAUCCCUACAUCCAGAAACAAGGAACAUCCAACCACCUCUGGCUUCUAGCCUUCAUGUCCAUCUUCACACUCGCCUUCCUUCUCACAAUCAUUUACACAAACGGCUUGUACGCAUACUCAUCAACCACAACAAUCACCAUCUCCGCCGCCACAAUAACCACCACAACAACCGCCUCCACCGCCGUCCCCUUGCUCCCCACCACCGUCAUCAACACCCUCCUCUACUACACCCCCAAAUCCAACGACACAUUCAAAAUGUCGUACGCCGACAUCAAGCCCAUCUCGGACGCCCUCCGGAAAUGCUCAACCCCCUGCAAUUUCCUCAUCUUCGGCCUCACCCACGAGACCCUCCUCUGGAAGGCCCUCAACAACAACGGCUGCACCGUCUUCAUCGACGAAAAUCGCUACUUCGCCGCCUACACAUGGAGGAGAAACACCUGGAAAUUGACGCGUACGACGUGCAGUACACAACAAAAUCGAAAGAGCUCAACGAGCUGGUGGCGGUGGCAAAAGAGCAAAUACGGAACGAGUGCAGGCUGA